CGGCCUGUCCCCGCCCGCGGGUGACUCCGGCUUCCCGCCGGCCCCUCUCGCCCGGGUGCGACGGGAGGUGCCCGGAGCCGGAGGCCGAGCCUCGCGGACCGCAGCCGCCGCCCUGCCCCGGGGUGAAGGUUAUCUGAGAUGGUGAAUUGAAGAACUAAGUUUUCCAAGAUGAACAAAGUAAAAACAACAUCUGAGAAAAGUCUUACUAACAAUUCUCGGAUUGUGGGUCUGCUGGCACAGCUGGAGAAGAUAAAUUCAGAAUCUUUGUUGGUAGAAGCAGACACUGCCAGAUAUGUUACCUCAAAGAUCCUUCAUCUGGCUCAGAGUCAAGAAAAAACCAGGAAGGAAAUGACUGCCAAAGGUUCCCCAGCAAUAGAAGUUAUCCUCUCAACGUUAGAGAAUACAAGAGAUCUUCAGACUACUCUAAAUAUAUUAAAUAUCCUCAUUGAACUGGUGUCAGUUGGUGGUGGUCGGAAAGCAAGUGCCUUAGUUUCUAAAGGAGGGACGCAGAUCUUGUUGCAGUUACUUUUGAGUGCCAGCAAAGACUCCCCACCCAAUGAGGAGUUAAUGGUGCAGCUUCAUUCCCUUCUUGCAAAAAUUGGUCCAAAAGAUAAAAAAUUUGGAGUAAAAGCUAGAAUCAGUGGCGCUCUAAACAUCUCUCUGAAUUUGGUGAAACAGAAUUUGCAGAACCACAGGUUAAUCCUGCCAUGUCUUCAAGUACUAAGAGUAUACUCAACCAACUCUGUAAAUGCAGUAUCCUUGGGGAAAAAUGGAGUUGUGGAACUGAUGUUCAAGAUCAUUGGCCCUUUUAGUAAAAAGAAUACUGGCCUUAUGAAGGUUGCUUUAGACACACUUGCUGCAUUGCUAAAGUCAAAAACGAAUGCCAGGAGAGCAGUAGACAGAGGAUAUGUCCAUGUGCUUUUAACAAGUUAUGUAGAUUGGCACCGUCAUGAUAAUCGACACAGACACAUGCUGAUCCGUAAAGGAAUCUUACAGUGCAUUAAAAGUGUUACAAAUAUCAAGUUGGGAAGGAAAGCGUUUAUUGAUGCCAAUGGGAUGAAAAUUCUUUACAACACUUCCCAAGAUUGCCUUGCUGUGAGAACUCUUGAUCCUCUAGUCAACACAUCAAGUCUUAUAAUGAGAAAAUGUUUUCCUAAAAACCGUCUUCCACUACCAACUAUUAAAAGUGUUUUUCAUUUCCAACUACCAGUUAUCCCUAUUAAUGGUCCUGUGGCUCAGCUGUACAGUUUGCCUCCUGAAGUGGAUGACGUAGUAGAUGAAAGUGAUGACAAUGAUGACAUCGAAACAGAAAGUGAAAUUGAAAAUGAAGAUGACAAGGACCACCUCUUUAAGAACGAUGAUAUAGAGACUGAUAUUAAUAAACUGAAACCAAGGCAAGAAUUGGGACGACCUGUAGAAGAACUAAAAAUGUAUGAACAAUUUUUCCCCGAACUAUCAGAUAACUUUAAGGACUAUGACUUAGUCUCCAAGGAACCAAAGCCUUUUGCAUCUGAUGCAAAUCUAAGUGGACCGAUUGUUGUUCCUACGGCAGGAGAGGAGCAGUCUGUAGAAGCAAAUCACUCAGUCAAGGGAAUUACUGUGAAAGAGAGCAAUCACUUGCAAGCAGAGGAGUGUAAUAAAAGGCCAGCCUUUUUGGAUCUGCCAAAGAAAGAUCGAUACAAAGACAAUAGCUUACAGCAGCAAAGUGAUCAAAAGAAACUGCUUUCGUCAUGCCAGUGCCUAAGCUAUGAAAUAGUGAAAGGCUUGGACAGGAUUACUUUGCAGAAUACUUCAAAAAAUGAACAGUAUUACAAAACAGGGUGCGUAAUGAAGAAAGAAAGCAAAACUAGCCUUACCUCACUCACUUGUAAUAAACCUUGCCAGCAUGUUUCAUCUUGCGGAAAUGUUCUAUUUGAGGGACGAUCUGUCCAGCUGGGAAAGCUGUGCUUCACGGGUGUUGAUCCUGAGGAAGAGGAUGAUUCCAGCUCACAUUCAUCUGGGGAGCAAGUGAUUCUUGAGGUGCCUGAUAUAUUGCCACUCCAUGACCCUGAUCUUUAUAUUGAGAUUGUGAAAAACACAAAGUCUGUCCCUGAAUAUUCAGAAGUGGCUUACCCAGAUUACUUUGGUCACAUUCCACCUCCAUUUAAGGAGCCUAUUUUAGAAAGACCUUAUGGUGUGCAGAGGACAAAAAUAUCCCAAGACAUUGAAAGACUGAUUCAUCAGAAUGAUAUUAUAGACAGAGUCAUGUAUGACCUUGAUAAUCCCAGUUAUUCAGUGCCAGAAGAGGGGGAGAUUUUGAAGUUCAACUCCAAAUUUGAGUCUGGAAAUCUGCGCAAAGUUGUUCAAAUUAGAAAAAACGAGUAUGAUCUCAUUCUGAACUCAGAUAUAAACAGCAAUCACUAUCACCAAUGGUUUUAUUUUGAAGUCAGUGGAAUGCGGCCAGGCAUUGGGUACCGAUUUAACAUCAUCAACUGUGAAAAGUCGAACAGUCAGUUUAAUUAUGGUAUGCAGCCCCUCAUGUAUUCUGUUCAGGAGGCGUUAAAUUCCAGGCCAUGGUGGACUCGUGUUGGGACAGAUAUUUGUUACUAUAAGAAUCACUUUGCUAGAAGUUCAAUUGCUGCUGGUGGUCAGAAAGGAAAAUCCUAUUACACAAUUACAUUCACAGUAAACUUCCCACACAAGGAUGAUGUCUGCUACUUUGCUUACCACUAUCCAUAUACGUAUUCGACUUUAAGGAUGCAUCUUCAGAAAUUGGAAUCCCUGCACAACCCUCAGCAGAUCUAUUUUCGACAUGAUACUCUGUGUGAGACCCUGUCUGGGAACAGCUGCCCUUUAGUCACUAUCACAGCCAUGCCGGAGUCGAAUUACUAUGAACAUAUCUGUCAGUUCAGGAAUCGUCCUUACAUUUUCUUAUCUGCUCGUGUACAUCCUGGAGAGACUAAUGCAAGCUGGGUUAUGAAGGGAACAUUGGAAUAUCUUAUGAGUAAUAACCCCACUGCCCAGAGUUUACGAGAAUCCUAUAUUUUUAAAAUUGUCCCUAUGCUCAACCCAGAUGGUGUCAUCAAUGGAAACCAUCGCUGUUCUUUAAGUGGGGAGGAUUUGAACAGACAGUGGCAAAACCCAAACCCAGACCUUCAUCCCACAAUUUACCAUGCCAAGGGCUUGCUACAAUAUUUGGCUGCUAUAAAACGUUUGCCUCUGGUUUACUGUGAUUAUCAUGGUCAUUCUCGUAAAAAGAAUGUAUUCAUGUAUGGCUGCAGCAUCAAAGAGACGGUGUGGCACACUAAUGUUAGCGCUGCCUCUUGUGACCUGAUUGAGGACCUCGGUUAUAGGACUCUUCCUAAGAUUCUCAGUCAGAUUGCCCCAACAUUCAGCAUGAGCAGCUGCAGUUUUGUAGUGGAAAAGUCCAAGGAAUCGACAGCACGUGUAGUUGUCUGGAGAGAGAUAGGAGUACAAAGGAGCUACACAAUGGAGAGCACGUUAUGUGGCUGCGAUCAGGGCAAAUAUAAGGGGUUACAGAUAGGGACACGAGAACUGGAAGAGAUGGGAGCCAAAUUCUGUGUUGGCUUACUGCGUUUGAAAAGACUGACCUCUCCACUGGAAUUCAAUCUGCCUUCUAGCCUCCUUGACAUUGAAAAUGAGUUGAUUGAAUCAAGCUGUAAAGUAACAAGCCCCACUACAUAUGUUCUGGAUGAAGAUGAGCCUCGCUUCCUUGAAGAAGUUGACUACAGUGCAGAGAGUAAUGAUGAGCAAGACAUUGAAUUGGCUGAUAAUGCAGGCGAUUAUGAACCCUCUGUUCAGGAAGAGGGGCUUUCUGACUCAGAACUGACAAGGACACACCUGCCUUGAGCCAUCUUUGUAGACGCAAAGAAGAAAAUGAAUAUCCUGGUUUUUAGUGGACAGGAAACAGGGAAGUAUCUGGCUUUCAAGAGGGAUGGCUCAAAGAGACAGAAGUAAUUGAAGCCAGUUUAGCUGAAAGACAAUAAAUGUGUUUCUGAUUUAUGAUGAUAUUGGCAUUUGUUUUAUUUAAGGAAUUCAGUGCCUUAAUUUGGCACUGAAUAUAUCAAACAAUUGCUUUACUAUUUCAUUUUCUACCAAGUAUUGUUGCAUGGCUUUUUGUGUCCUUAACCCCCUAUAAUCACCAACCAAUGGAUUAUAAAUUGUAGUGUGUCAGGUACAGAAAUUAAUAUUAAAAUUCCUUAACAAACCUUUGAGUUUCUUCCUGAAAAAUACAUAUGUACAGGGUUUUUAUUAAUUUGUGUUUUUAUUGAGGUUGAAGUUUUUCUUCAGAAUUAUGUUAAAUGUUUGAUUGUUUGAAGUAAUGGAGAGCUUGCUUUGAAACCGUUUCAUUCUACAGUUACUAAAUUAAACAAAAAUGAAAAUUUGA